GCCAGAUAAUAAUCCGCCAAGAUGCCCUCCGUGGCGAGCCCGAGCGAAGGGCCGCUGUACCUGGACCCUUUGGACGCCCUGGAUCCUCUGGAGCCGCUGGUGGGGCCCCUGGACGCAAUGGCCGAGGAGGACGGCGAGCGCGCCCAGGGCUCGACCAGCGCCGAGCCGCCCGCGCCGCCCAACCCGGAGCUGGUGAACGAAGUCAAGAACACGCUGUGGCGCCGCUACAUGGAGCAGUCGACCGUGUUCAACGCCACCAACGACGACGAGAAGGUGCUCAAGUGCUUCAACGAGUACGUCAACAUGGUGAUGGAGCCGGAGUUCGGGCCCGGCGCGUGCCCCGUCAAGUUCGACGGCGUCUCGUGCUGGCCGGAGACGCCCCCGGGCACGCUCAAGGCCAUCCCCUGCUUCGACGACUUCAACGGAGUGCCAUACGAGCCCUCAGAAAACAACGCGACGCUUUACUGCUACCCGAACGGCACUUGGUCUCGUAUCUCGUUCUACAACGACUGCCUGAACGUCGUUAUGAACAACACUGAGAGAGAGACUCAACGACCGUCAGCACGAGCCAGACCAUCUUCUACAUCGGCAAUUCGCUGA